UUCCACGAUGCUAAGGAAGAACUUGCUGGUAGUUGUUCUUCUGUGAAGGUAGAGAAAGAGCCAGUCCUUCAGACUGCAAUCAUAUCUCCCCCACCAAUUCAGAUUCUGAGUGUUACUGAGAAUGCCAAAACAUCUUUUUCUGAUGAGACUGUUAAUUUAAGGGCUGGUAGAGAAACAAACAUCCAAUCAGCUGCCUCUAUGUCUAAAAAAGAGGUCAACGUUAAUGUCCCCACUCGCUCUGCCCCCAAGAUGCCACAACUCAUAACUGCCUUGUCCUCAUACUUAUUAGAACAAUGCAAUGUGAUUCCCUCACCUUCUCUGUCUGUGCCAACUUUAGAGGACAGUGAUGGGCAGAGGCAGGUUGUUAGCAUGCAGAGGGAGAGCCAGCCUGUCUGUUACACUGCUGUCAUCACCCCACCACCCAUCAUUCACCUUCUGCCUGAGAGGGAAAUGGAGAGCACAGUGCCAACACAACAAAACAACAGUAUGGAUUUCACCCAGACAGAGGACAAAGCGACCUCAGGUGCCUCUAUAGAUCCUUCUGUUCGAGGGGAGAGGCUUAAACCAAAGGGGCCUCCUCCACCUGUCCCAAAAAAGCCCCAAAAUCCCUUCGUUAAGAUUCCAGCUGCAAAAACAUGCUCUUUGGAUGAGCAGAAGAUAGGUGAUGAUUACCACCACAAAGAGGAGAAGAAGAAGAGCAGGAGACAUUCGCAUCAAGUCAACAAGGAAAAUGCUUGUGACACAGCUCCUCACGACGUGUGUGUGUUAUGGGACAACACAGGUGCUGCUUACACUGUACCAUCCAACAUGUACACGCCAGAUAAUUUUUAUCCAAUGGACGAUUUUUCACAACGACAAAGGACACCAACUAGAGAGGAAAAGUAUAGAAAUAUUAUAGAUUUUGAUGCUUGGGCACAAAUGGUCAAACGUGCUGCAGAAGAGGAGGAACCAAAACAACUUCACAUGUUGGCCGGACAACCUUUUUUGGAAAAGCAGGCUAAACUCAAAGGUCCACCACCUCCUGUACCAAAAAAGCCCCAAAAGCCAUUUGUUCAAUUAGAAACGGUUGCAAUCUCAGAAGACAUAGCUUGGCCUUCAGAUGACGAGGAGAUACGAGAACUAGAGCUGGCCUUGUGUAAGAGAAUGGAAUAUGAUGAUGAUGAUGAUGAUGAUGACCCUGAACCCCAAGCUGACACGGUCAGCACAGAUGUCUGUUGGAAGAACUUUGGUGACCACAGUGACAGUAGAAUCCAUAGUGGUCUUGUUGAGCGUAGUUAUCGUGAUACUGUGUCUGAGCAUGAAACUGAGACAUACAGGCCUGUGGCUGCGCUCAUAAAGGAGACCAACCAGAUGCACCAGAUGAUCAGACAUGCAGACCGGACAAAACCCCUUGUGGCCAAGUCUAUGAUCAGACACGCAGACCGGACAAAACCGCUCACGGCCAUGUCCAUUGCCGGGGCUGUGGACCAGGGCCAGAGCCUGAAAGUAUCACAGAUGAAGAAGGCCUUUGAUGUCACUAAGAAGCCUGCUGAAAAACCACCAGAGUCUGAACCCAAAAAAGAUAUGUUCAGGCGAGUGGUGCGAGCGAGUAAGUUCCGUCAUGUCUUUGGCCAGGCGGUGAAGAACGACCAGUGCUAUGACGACAUCCGUGUCUCGCGGGUCACAUGGGACAGCUCCUUCUGUGCCGUCAAUCCCAAAUUUGUCGCCAUCAUCAUCGAAGCCAGUGGGGGCGGAGCCUUCCUCGUCCUCCCUCUGCUAAAGACAGGUCGCAUAGACAAGGCCUACCCAACAGUAUGUGGUCAUACAGGUCCUGUCCUGGACAUUGACUGGUGCCCUCACAAUGACCACGUCAUCGCCAGCGGCUCGGAGGACUGCACAGUCAUGGUGUGGCAGAUCCCAGAGAAUGGGCUGGUCACCCCGCUGGCUGAGCCUGUGGUGGUGUUGGAGGGACACUCCAAGAGGGUGGGCAUCGUCACCUGGCACCCCACUGCCCGGAAUGUCCUCAUGAGUGCAGGCUGUGACAACCUGAUCAUCAUCUGGAACGUGGGCACGGGCGAGGCCAUGAUCCAGCUGGAGGACAUGCACCCUGACGUCAUCUUCAGCGCCUGCUGGAGCCGCAACGGAGCCCUCAUCUGCACCGCCUGCAAGGACAAAAAGAUCCGCGUAAUCGACCCCCGCAAGGAGAAGAUUGUGGCGGAGAAGGACAAGGCCCACGAUGGAGCACGGCCCAUGAGAGCCAUCUUCCUGGCUGACGGAAACAUCUUCACCACCGGCUUCAGCCGUAUGAGUGAACGGCAGCUAGCCCUCUGGAACCCCAAAAGCAUGGAGGAACCAAUAUCAGUCCACGAGCUGGACACCAGUAAUGGAGUGUUGCUGCCCUUCUACGAUGCAGACACCAACGUAGUGUACCUGUGUGGGAAGGGUGACAGUAGCAUCCGGUACUUUGAGAUCACGGACGAGGCUCCAUUCGUGCACUACCUCAACACCUUCUCCAGCAAGGAGCCCCAGAGGGGUAUGGGGUACAUGCCCAAACGAGGACUGGAUGUCAACAAGUGUGAGAUUGCCAGGUUUUAUAAACUGCAUGAGAGAAAGUGUGAGCCGAUCAUCAUGACAGUCCCCCGAAAGUCGGACCUCUUCCAGGAUGACCUGUACCCGGACACAGCGGGACCAGACUGUACCAUCGAGGCGGAAGACUGGUUUGAUGGGAAGAACGGUGAGCCUAUCCUGAUCUCCCUGAAAAACGGCUAUGUCCCCGGAAAGAACCGUGACCUCAAGGUGGUCAAGAAGUCCAACGUCCUGGAGGGAAAACCCGCCAAGAAAGCAGAGAACACCUCACCUGCCCAGAGCAAGGCCUCUCCACAACCCUCUACACAAAAUGAAGGGAAACUGGAGGAGCUACUGCGAGAGGUCAAGUCGCUCAGGGACCUCGUCACCCUACAGGACCGCCGAAUUGCCAAACUGGAGGACCAGAUCUCCAAGGUUGCCAUCUAAGACUCGGCCCCCGCUCAGGACCAUUCAUUGGUUGGGAGAGAAUCAAAUGUGCGGGGCCAGCCACUGGCAAAAUUGUAGAAUUCGGCUUCAUCAUUCCGCAUGGCAUCUUCCCAGCGACGAUCCCAAGCACGCAUUCCAAGAUGAACUUUUUUUUUUCUCAUCAUGCCUACCCUCUCACUUUCCUCUAAAACACUUAGAGAAAAAACUGUUGCAAUUCAUAGUCCACUUUUUACUGGGUAUGAAACGCAUUUAAAUAUCUGCAAUUUUUCUGUUGAUGGAAAAGUCUUACCGUUUUUGUUAUUGUUUUAAAUUGUGGUCUAGAACAUUAUGUGAAGUUUUUACUUACUGCCAUACUCAACAGUUGUAUGUAACCAUCAGUAUUGCCAUAUUCCCUUGAUUUUUGUGCUGCCAAAUUUAAAUGGUGUGUAUGGUUCAUGCACCACUUUUACAUUUUCGUUUUUUGUGUCUUCUCUCCUGUUGUGCAUUCCAGUUUCAGACUAUACUAUUAUAGAAUGAUUUAGUCAAACUAUAGCUGUUACUGUUGCAAAAGAAAGACAAAAGAAAUCUGAAUUUUUCCGCCAAGCCAACUGCUCGUAUUAAGCAUCAGGUCACUAAAUGUGAAGGAAGUGCUUCUGAUCAUACUUUUAGCUUCUGCUCUUCUGGGUGUAGAUUUGAACUGUGGCGGUGUCUGGAGGCAGUGGGGUAAACUGCAGCUCUCGCUGGUGUAAAUGUUGUGUAAGUGUAGUGGUGCCUCUGUGGCUGGUAUUAGGGGUCAAUCUGAGGUCCCCCUCUCCGGUGCAUGUUGUGGCAUUUGGAAAGGACCACUCUCUCAGCACUUGUUUCACUCAACCCUUUGACAUAUAGUUCUGUGCAUGCAAUAAAGAUUUACUCAUGCACAUGUCUUCUCCACAAUAAAUCCCUUAAAUUCUU